AUGAUGAUGGUAUUGUUGAGCUUUGUUGAUAUUUUUGUAAGAAAUAGACAUCAAGAGUUUUGAGUUUACCACGGAGGUUGUUUUUCGUUUUAUUUUCCAAUUUUGUUUCGUUCGAAUCGUUUUUGAUGGUAGAAUAGAGGAUAAAGGAACAAGAUAGUUGAUCAAGUUAUUACACGAUUUUGUCGAGAGAUAAUUACAGCAAAAGUUACAAAAUUUGUCGUUCAAUAACUGUGGUAGAUAUAUACUUACGUACAACGAGUGAGUUGUUUCAAAGAGAAUAAAAAACAAAAUUAAAAAAAUUGAUUAAAUUGCAUUACAGAAUUUAACAAGUGCAUUUAUGUAAAAGAUUUAAUUGUGUUGGUUUGAAAAUUAUCAUCACAACAUUAUAAUAGCAUCUGUAUAUAGAGCUUCUGUAUAUCGUUCCAUUCAUAAUUUUUGUUGUGUAUGAAUCACAGCAUUACAAAGUGCAUGUGAAAAAUAAGCGAUAAAUAAGAUCUUGUGAAAAAUGGGUUUCCUAACAUCGACACUUUUUCUUUUGAUUGUUGUUCAUAAAUCAGUAACCAUCAAAAUUCAACAAAACGACGCCCAGACUUCAUCACCAUUGCAAAUGCAAAUUUCGGAUAUAAAUUUAAAUCAAACAGAAAGAGUACGAAGACUAAUACCGUAUAUGAAUUUCUACGUACCGAUAAGCGAUUAUUUACCGGAUAAUCAAGCAUACAGCUACAAUCCAACGAAUGGUCAAAAGCAACAAAUUCAUCAUAAACAAUCGACCAUACAGAAUCCUCAACAGUCACGAACACAACCCCAACAGCAACAAUUAAAUCGACCCGCGGUAUACAAUAGUAAUACUAAAUAUGCUAGCCGUCGGCCGCAACCACAGACUGCUAUUUACAAUACCCGCCACCAGACAAAUAAACCAUUCGAUUUGCCGAUUCAGCAAACACAAAGAGUUAAUUACAAUUAUGCUAAGAAACAGCCCACACCAUUUCUAGCUACCAAUCAAGUACCUGGAGACUUUCGUCCAAUUAUUUAUGAAGAAGGUUUAACCGCUCAGAACUCUUAUAAAGGUCAGACGGAACAGCCGAUAGAAACACAGUCCGUUCAAUACUAUGAUGAGGAACAAUAUAUACCGAAACAACCGCAACAACAAACAAAACAACUUCGUCCUAUCAUUGCACAACAAUAUAGCCAUCAACGGGCCCCUGAACCACAAUUGCAUCAAUAUUAUCGCGUUGAAGAUCAUCUUCAUCAACGACAAAAGGCAGAAAUAGAGCUACAGCAGCAGCAACAACAACAACAGCAGCAGCAGCUACAGCAACAACAGCUGCAACAACAACAGUUGGAUCAUCAACAGUUAGAUCAUCAACAGUUAGAACAUCAACAACUGCAACAACAACAAAAUAUUCUUUCUCAACCAAUCCAUGUGGAUUCAUCUACUACACCAGCUCCUCGUCAAGAACAACAUUCACCAAAUUAUGUAACAUAUCUUCAGCCACAAAAUUUCGUCCAAUUUAUCAAAUCGACAACCCCGAAACCAAUUGGUAACGGUAAAAAUGUUGUGUACAAAAUUGUUCGCCCAACACCAAAACCACCCACCCAGUAUGUGGUUUAUCAACAUACAGAUGAACCGCAACAGCCGAAACAGAUAUUCAGGCAUCCAGCAGAUGCUGAAAAUACGAGAAAUAUUGUACCUGAUGGCAACCAAAUUUACCAUAAGGCUAAUAAUGAAUACGAGCAACAGAGUCAGCAAGAGCCUGCUCCAGUAUACCGGAUUCAAGCUGAGAAUAAGCCGACGUACCGUUUAAAAGAAUUUUACACCCUGGAUCCGAACGACGGCUACGGUUCACGAAUACCAACCCGUGAACAAUUAACACAAGCCGCAGCAAAUCCACAUGUACCGAAAAAACAAUUCAUUCCGUACAAUCCUGCCAGUACAACUCCCGUACCAGUAACAACCACCAGCACCCAAAGAUAUUAUCCUCAAAAGCAAACCGACGACGAAAAUUAUCAAGACAUUUCCGAGGAACCAUCAUUUCGACCAACCAUUCCAACUUCAACAGUCGCAUUACAUCAUCAGCAUCUGACUGAAACAUCUAAUGGACAUGCACCUACGUCAGCGCCCGCAUAUCAUUCAUCAUCACCGUCACGUCAAUAUCGACCGUAUUCCGCACAGCCAAAAGUUAAGUUUAUCCCGCGCUAUCAAUCACCUGCCAACGUUCCCAUCGUUCAAGUGCAGCCGAAUCCAACACCGUCCACAUCUGUAUCACAUGCCAGCUCGGAGUAUGGUUCGACGUCUGUGUCAGAAGUGUUACGAAAACUACAGGAAACCAAUCUUCUGCCACAAACACUUAACGCUGAGAACAUUGAUGAUUCCAUUCAGACUUUAGUGCAAAUUUUGAAUAAUUUAAAGCAAUCUCAAUAUGUUGCUGAAAUUCCACCACAACAACAUCAGUCUGUUGAUUAUCCCGAACCGAAUGAUGAUGACGCUAUUAGACACCAAUCUGAUUAUGAUGAAGUGAAUGAUAAGCCGAAUAAUGAAGUAAAUUCCAGUGGCGAAUCUCCCGGGCCAAAUACUGGACGUCCUGGAAUCGAUUAUCCAAACUUGUCCGAAAUUCCUCAAACAAAUUUCAACUGCAAGGAACAACGGUACAAAGGAUUCUUUGGUGAUCCAGAGACACAUUGUCAGGUAUGGCAUUAUUGCGAUUUGAAUGGAGGACAGGCAUCGUUCUUGUGCCCGAAUGGAACAAUCUUCAGCCAGGUCGCCUUGACUUGUGACUGGUGGUUCAAUGUCAAAUGCUCCACAACGACUCAAUUGUACGUUCUGAACGAACGUCUUUACAAAUAUAUAUUGCCGUUCAGUCCCAAAUUUCCAGAAGACUACAGCGGUCCAGUAGUUGACAAGUAUCUGGCGAUAAAGUUCCAAGAAAUGGAAGAAAAAAUGAUGAGACAGAAGCAGAAAGGAAAGCAAUCAGUAAAAACGAUUCCACCGCAACAGAUCAAAGAAUCGCAACGAGACGACGAGAUCGACGUUGAUCCAACAUACUCGAGCGACGCUCAAUUGGAUGACGAGGGUCAAAGUCAUAACAUCGAUAAUGCCAUUCAACAUCCCGUCUACAAGUACGAAUCGACAUCCGUUGCCAUUCCGAAUAACCGGUAUUCAUCGACCACUGAAUUUAUUGUACCGAAGGGGCGAACAUUCGCAACAGCUACAACACCAAGAACAAAGGUGGAAAUCGAAAGUGAAAAAGUUGAAGUAAUCGAAAUAAAAUCAGAUGGCAGUACUGGACAUUUGAUACCUGACAAUUAUGCCAAGUAAAAGCACGACCAUUUCGACGCUAUGUGCAAUAUAUCUAAUUGUAGUGUGUGAACGUAGCAAAUAGAGUGUUUAACGAGGUGGAAAUAUUUUACGUGGCAUAGUUGCGUGUACGUACACGUUUGUAAGAAUUUAUUACUCGUCUUGAUUAUACAGAAAUUACAAUUUACCCGUUUGGCUGCGGCUGACAAUGCAGCACGUAUUUGCAAAAAAUCAUCUAGUUAAACACUCCAUUUGUUCAUAUUUCUUUAUUAGGCCGGAUGUACAUUAGACAAUGUGCAAUUCUAGUCAACCUUAAGAUUUUAAUUACAAAAAAGGAGAGACAAAAUUAUGAAACUGUUUUGAUAAUUUUUUUUUUGACGGAGUUAAUUCACUUUCGUCGUAAGUUAACAACAUUUUUGUGGAUUCAAUUCGAAUAGUUUAAAGCGAAAAAAUCCUUCCGGUGGUCAAUUCUAUAGAAUUUUGAACAAGCCUUUUGUAGUUUUUUUUUUAAGGAAACAUAGACUACGUCUUAUUAUUUAGUGAAUGAAGCUGAUAAAUACUAACUGAAUCAUCAACUGCGUUAAUAAUACAAACGUAUAAUUGAUGUGUACAAAAUGGGUGGAUGUCAGCUUUCUAAUUGCGCAUAAAUCAAUUAGGCUGAUUCAGAAACACAAUAUAAAAGGUGAUCGAUCCACUUUGUAAUAGCGAGCCAAAAAGUUCCAACUAAUGAGGUUGCUAAGACUCGACAAGCGUUUGGUUCUUUGUCAAACCGGCUCUAAAAGGAUCCUCCGAAAACUAGGAAUUUAAGAGAAUUUCGAAAGACUUAGGAAAUGACUUAGCGUACUGCAAAAGAAUCUGAAGAGAUUAGGACGUAUAAAACUUGA